CGCGGACUGCGCUUGUCCCUUCUGGCUUGCCGUCCUUGCAGCUAUGGCAGCCGCCGUGCGUCCCCUGCGGCUCUUCCUACAGCCGGGGUUCAAUACUUUGCGGACCUUCUCCAGCGCCGUAUCCUCGGCCUCUCACUCUCGGAGAACUGGCUCGCAUACAGCAGAAAGAACAUCCAAAAGUGAAAGGCAGAUGAGAAGAAAGGCACUGCCUCCUAGAGCAGAGAAGAUGGCUGUUGACCAGGACUGGCCUAGUGUUUACCCUGUUGCGGCGCCCUUUAAGCCUUCUGUGGUGCCUCUGCCUGUUCGGAUGGGUUAUCCAGUGAAAAGGGGUGUUCCCAUGGUAAAGGAGGGCAAUCUAGAGCUUAUAAAGAUCCCCAAUUUUCUGCAUUUGACUCCUGUAGCAAUUAAAAAGCACUGCCAAGCUCUUAAAGAUUUCUGCACUGAGUGGCCAGCUGCACUAGACAGUGAUGAGAAAUGUGAGAAGCAUUUUCCUAUUGAAAUUGACACUGUUGACUAUGUUUCAUCGGGACCAUCUAUUCGAAACCCCAAAGCCCGACAAGUAACCUUAAGGUGUAAUUCUGCCAGAUUGCUGCCUGUAUCACCAACAGGAUUCAAAAAAGUGAAUUGUUCCCGUUUGAAUUUAGAUGAUCAUGCAAAGAAGAAAUUGAUUAAACUUGUAGGAGAGCGAUACUGCAAGACCACAGAUGUGCUCACCAUCAAAACAGAUAGAUGCCCUUUAAAGAGACAGAACUAUGAUUAUGCAAUGUAUUUACUGACAGUAUUAUACCACGAAUCUUGGAAAACUGAAGAAUGGGAAAAAAAUAAGACUGAAGCAGACAUGGAAGAAUAUAUAUGGAAAAAUAGCUCCUCAGAAAAACGUACCCUGGAAACACUUCUCCAGAUUAACGCUGCUGAGAACAAAAUGCAAGUAAAUAAAGAAGAGCUGCUGGGUACUAAAGAAGUUGAAGAUUACCAGAAGUCUCUUACUAGUCUUAAAAAUGAGGGGGAAAAUGAAAUCACCCUUUCUCAGUACAAAGAGUCAGUGAAGAGACUAUUAAAAAUUUCACAGGAGCUAUGAAGUGGAAGGAUCCACUUUGUUUUACAGUACAUUCAGUCAAUACCUGAUCUGAUGUAGAAGUUGGAAUGUUUAAAGACCAGUUGUUACUGAAGAGUUAAUUUUGAAGUUAUCUGUAAUUACACUGAUAUACAAUGACUGUUUCAGAAGUUUCUGAUUUAUACAUUGAGACUGUUAGACUAGUUAGAAGAUCUUUAAGAUUUCACAGGUUCUAAAGUGUCCUGAUGUUAUUUCUACAUAACAAUUUUAAUAUAUAUUUACAUGUGUUUAAUUUGAUCUUGUCACUGUCCACAUUUUUUUCACCACAGACUGGCUUUUAGUGGUUGCUUUUGAAUAGUGUGUUCAGUUAUUUAGAAAUAGGCCAAGGACCCAGCCCCUGACAUUCAGUGUAGCUUCACCCCCUGACCUGCUUUCUGUGCACUCUAUCUUACGCAGCAGUCAGGAGAGUCCGUUCCACCAUCCCUUCGAGGGCACUUUCUGCCAACUCAGCUCUGGUUGGGGUCCCAUUUCCUUUCUUCCGGAGCUCAUUCUGCCAGGCCCAAGCUGGCAGAAGAGUACAGUUGGAGAAAAGCUGUUGAUGCCCCAGUUAGAACAUAAAAGGAGAUAACCCCUGUUGAUGCCCCAGUUAGAACAUGAAAGAUGAGUUAUAAGGACCUUGGACUUAAUUGGGACAAAUGACAAAAUGAAAAUCUCCCAGAGAAACAUUCUGUUCAAGAUAGCUACCAAUUCAAUGUUUUCUUUUUGAGGUCAUGAGUUUGCUCCCCAGUACCAAAAAAAAAAAAAGAGUUUGCUUUUUGUUUUGCUGUUGGGGAUUGAACUCAAGGUGUCACUACUGCUAAACACAUAUUGCCACUGAGCAGUACCCACAUCUCCAGUUCUUUUUUUUCUUCCUUUUUUUUACGUGCUGAAUAAGUGCACUACUAAUGAGGUACACUCCAACCCAGUGUUUUUAAGUGUAUCUGCAAGUCAUUUCUUACCACUUACAAUGUAUUGACAGGUGAUUCAUUUAAAAUCAUAGUAAAGGUAUUGAGUGUUCAUUUACCUAAUAGAGGUAUUUUGCCAUACAAAAGUAAAGAAUAUCAAUGCAAGUCAAAAGGAAUUCCAAGUCAGUUGUAUUAAAGCAUUUUAUAAAAUGAAAGUAUGGGCCAACCAUGCUAGUAUACACCAGUAAUCCCAGCACUCCAGGAGGCUGAAGCAGGAGAAUCAUGAGCAACUUGGUGACUUAGCAAGACCCUGUCUCAAAAUUUAGAAAAAUAAUUUUAAAAAGGAGUGAGGAUGCAGGUUAGUGUUAAAGCCCUGGGUUCAGUUCCCAAUACCACAUACAUACACACAAAGUAUGAUCUGCUAUAACUAAAAGCCCAUAGUGUAGGUUAUAUAGGAGAAAUAUACCGUAUCAGGCUAGCUACCCACCCACUUGGUAGCCCA